AUGUGUAUCGUUUCCUCCUCUGAGGACCGUGCCCAGAGCGCCCUGAGAGCUGUUGCGCAGUUUGCCAGCGUGGCUGGCCAGGUCCAGCACGAUGAGUUGCGAUCCGCAUCGCUGCAGGUCGCACAUGAGGCAUUGGCGCAAUGCGAGGCAUAUGGCCAGCGUUGCGUGGAGUUUUUGCUGACAGCCUUGAGACAAAGUACCAAGGCCAACGCGAGUGCGGUGGAAGAUGUGGUUUGGAUGGUCUACAAGGUUGCCAGAGGUAGCGAGACUGCCAAGGCGUGGAUCGUUCACGCAGGCGGUGUGGCUGCUUUGAGAGCCGCUCUGCUGUGCCAUGCUGAUCAGCCACAGCUGAUGGAGAAUGGCGUUUGGACUGCGUACGCCCUGGAUGGACUGCGGUCCUUGGCGGAGCUCCUUGAAGGGUGUCGUGGGGAUACACCCAGCGACCUGGCCCUGAGGGGCGCCAUCUGCGGGGCGCUGUACCAGCUGGUGAAACCGCGUCGACACGGCACUCUCCAGACAGCCGCCUGUCAAACCUUGGAGACCGUCCAGCCGGAGAGUGUGGUGCUCCUCAUUACCGAGGCCUUGCACAUCGGUCGCUUACCCGAAGAUGCGCUCUGGACCAGCUGUACAGUGCUGGAAACUUUGGUGGAGAAGGACAUUCUGCUGACGCCCAUCAACGCGGCAGGAGAUUUGGCGACGAAGAGCUGGUACAGCUCCAACUUUCGAGCCAUCCGGGAGCUGGUCCAGGACCCGAACUACCGAGCGGAUGAUGUGGACCCAUAUGAACCCGUGAUUGAGGUCGUCAUUGGCGAUGCCACCAUCCAGGAGACGAACGACUUUGUCACCCCGACCUUUGUGAGGGUGUCUAUGGAUGGGGAGAAUGUUGGAGAGACUUCGUUGUUCAAACACGGACCAUAUACGAAGCCUGUGUGGAAUGAGCGCUUCUUGCUGCAUCCCAGAGGUUCCUUCAGCAUGAGAUUUGAGGUCAUCGACCACCGCGAGCACCUACGUGGCCAAUGCACCAUUGGCACGCAAAGCCUUUGGGGUGCCGCUGGCAGAACUGGUGGCCUUUCCAUCAAGCCUCAGCUGACCCUGGCGCGCGACCAGAUCUGUGGGCAGCUGACAGUCCACUGUCGGCCAUGGGAUGGACUGCCCCCUGAGAGGCCCUGGUGGCAACCUGCAGGAGAUGAUGCUCUCAAGGCCGAACCAGAUCUCUUUGAUAUGCUGGACAAGGAUGGCGAUGGAGUUCUAUCCAAAGAAGAGCUGCAAGCGGCAAUUAUGAAGAGCAAGUCAAGAGACAUGUCGCCGAUGAGUCGCCAGCUUCCUUCCAACAUCGCUACGGUCCCACCGGUCUCGGUGCAGGGUGGCGCGCCCUUGUUGCUUCCCAUCUCGAGCCGAAGUAGCUUAAAGACGCAGUCGCUGGAUGGCAGCCUGGGUGGCCUGGGCCUGGGUGGCCUGGGUCCCAUGCACCCAGCGGUGGCGCCAGGCAUGGCUGGCAUGGUAUCAUCUCUACAUCCUGGCGGAAUCUCAGUCAGGUCGCAGCCGACGAUCUCACAGCCCGGAUCACCCUUGUCGAUUCCUCAUGCAGUGGCCAGCCCUGUAAAACCGGACGCCCGAGCCUUCGUCACAGUGCCUCCACAGGCGAGUCCUGUCAGAAAUGCAUCGAUGUCCUUGACUCCUGUGGAUGCAGAGCAGCGCGCCUACAUGUCCUUGCCAGCGCAGGUGCAAAGCGAUGACGCUCUGGGUCCAGCUGUCUUGCCACGAUCUUCGGGUCGGUCCAGACAUUUGGAGGCGACGGAAUGGGUGAUGUUGCGGGGACCCAAAGCACUGUUUCCCUGGUGCAUCUCUGGCUCCCUUUGCAGGCGAAGUUUAGCGGAUCCGGCAGUACCUAUGUCGUUAGCACCCUGUAUGGAGAUUUGGCACCUCUUUGGAUGCACUAGGGAGAGGCUUUGGCAGCACCUCGACGGCAGCCUUCGGGUACUGCCGGGCUUCUUUGAAGCCAUGCCCGUGCCACCUCUGAUCGAUAAUGGAGGGAGAAGUGCCUGUGGAAGUGGGGCGGUGGCACUUCGCACCACCUCGGCGACAUGCUGGACGGGUGGUUUGAGCACAGCACUCGGUGGGUGACGAGUCGUUCUGAGGGCUUCUGCCCGCGGGGCGUAAUGAGUUUAAAGCACAUCAAUUAGUUUGAGCACACGACUGCUUUGCAUGUCGAUCCAUAUUCAAGCGAGGCCUGGUCACCGAAUUCUCUCGCUCUGACCAGCGUUAUUUUCUAAGAAUUUGCGGUGCUGCCACCUGUGCUACUGCCUUAAGAAUAUUUUUGGUGGCAGCGUCUUAGUGCAGACUCCGGUCUGCAUAUUUGGCCUGUUGCCUUUGCAAUAUUUGCCCCCUUUUGCAGCGAUCUUGGCAGAUGGCACUGUCGUGACGUGGGGCUGCCCCGCUCAUGGUGGCGACAGCGCCAUGGUUCGGAAGCAACUUAGGGGAGUUCAACAUAUUUGCGCCACAAGAGCUGCUUUUGCUGCAGUCCUGGCAGAUGGUACUGUUGUGACCUGGGGCAAUGCACAAGAUGGUGGUGACAGCACCAGGAUCCAUGAUCAGCUCAGGAAGGUUCAGCAAAUUCGUGCAACAAACUCUGCUUUUGCAGCGAUCUUGGCAGAUGGCGCCGUUGUGACUUGGGGUAGUCGACAUGAUGGUGGUGACAGCAUCGCAGUCCAGAAUCAACUCAGGGAAGUUCAACACAUUUGCGCGACAAAAGCUGCUUUUGCUGCAAUCCUGGCAGAUGGUACUGUUGUGACCUGGGGCAGUGCACAUGAUGGUGGUGACAGCACCAGAGCCCAGAAUCAGCUUCGAAACGUUCGGCAAAUCCGUGCAACAAACUCUGCUUUUGCAGCGAUCUUGGCAGAUGGCGCCGUUGUGACUUGGGGUAGUCGACAUGGUGGUGGUGACAGCAUCGCAGUCCAGAAUCAACUCAGAGAAGUUCAACACAUUUGUGCCACAAAUACCGCCUUUUCUGCGAUCUUGUCAGAUGGAAAUGUUGUGACGUGGGGCAAUGCACAUGAUGGUGGUAACAGCACCAGAGUCCAGGAUCAGCUCAAGAAUGUUCAAGACAUUCAUGCCACAAAGUAUGCUUUUGCUGCGAUUCUGGCAGAUGGCUCUGUUGUGACCUGGGGCAGAGCGGCUGAUGGCGGUGACAGCAGUGCAGUCCAGAAUCAGCUCAAAGACGCUCGACACAUUUCUGCCAGCGGGCGUGCUUUUGCUGCGAUCUUGGCAAACGGAAAUGUCGUGACAUGGGGCAAUCCACGUGCUGGUGGUGACAGUACCUCCGUUUUGGAUGAUUUGAACUGCAUCUAGCACUCUUGCUGUCUUGGAAGUGUGUGGCACUGGUCUUGCCCUGGAUAGGGGCUGGCCUCAUUUGUCCAUUUGUGAUGCGUUCAGAAGUCGAGCAAAGGGAAGUUGGGGAAACAAUA